GCGGGCGUGCCGGGAGACUCAGUAGCCCGGCCGCUGGACGCGCGGUGGGACCCGGGCCGGGGUGGCACCCGGCGGCGGCGGCGGCUUGUGGGCGGGCGAUCGUCAUGGACCUGCUGUCGGCGCUGAGCCUGGGCGAGCUGGCGCUCAGCUUCUCCCGGGUGCCACUGUUCCCCGUCUUUGACCUCAGCUAUUUCAUCGUCUCCCUCCUGUACCUCAAGUAUGAGCCUGGCGCUGUGGAGCUGUCCCGCCGCCACCCCGCGGCAUCCUGGCUGUGCGCCAUGCUGCACUGCUUCGGCAGCUACAUCCUGGCCGACCUGCUGCUCGGGGAGCCCGUGAUCGACUACUUCAGCAACAGCUCCAGCGUGCUGCUCGCCUCGGCCGUAUGGUACCUGACCUUCUUCUGCCCGCUCGACCUCUUCUACAAGUGCGUGAGCUUCCUGCCCGUCAAGCUGGUCUUCGUGGCCAUGAAGGAAGUGGUGCGGGUCCGAAAGAUCGCAGUGGGCAUCCACCAUGCCCACCACCAUUACCACCAUGGCUGGUUCAUCAUGAUUGCCACCGGCUGGGUCAAAGGGUCUGGCGUCGCGCUCAUGGCCAACUUUGAGCAGCUGCUGCGGGGUGUCUGGAAGCCAGAGACCAAUGAGAUUCUGCACAUGUCCUUCCCGAGCAAGGCCAGCCUGUACGGAGCUGUGCUUUUCACACUGCAGCAGACACGCUGGCUGCCCAUGUCCAGGGCUACCCUCAUCUUCCUCUUCACCAUGUUCAUGGUGUCCUGUAAGGUGUUCCUGACGGCUACUCACUCCCACGGGUCCCCAUUCGAUGUCCUGGAGGGCUAUGUGUGCCCCAUGCUGUUCGGGACAGGCUGGGCUGGCGACCAUCACCAUGACAACCAUGGUGGCCUGCAUGCUGGUGGCCCUGGCCCCCAACACUGCCCACCAUCCACCAAGUCCAAGGAGGAGCUGGUCGAGGGGUCCCGGAAGAAGAAGACCAAGAAGGCGGAUUAGGGGGACUUUACAUGGGCCUUGACCUUGGGGCCAAGGGGUCUACCCUCCUCAGAGGCCCCGGGAUCCCAGCUCUGGGGAUCACAGAAGCCCCCUGGCUCCAGCCAGCUCCCUGGCCAUGCUAUUCCUGGUCUAUUUUAUUUUCCUCUGAAAUGGCUUUUUAUUUUUAAGGGGAUUUUUUCUCUUUUGGUACCAGGACUUGAACUCAAGAGCCUCACACUUGCCAGGCAAGUGCUGUGCCCUGAAACUGGUUCUUGACCCCCAAGACUCAGGAAUGCUCCCGCUGCAGCCUUCCAGCCCAGACCCCGGGGCCAGGGCUGCUGGGUAUCCCCAGGCAAGCUGUUGCCCAUCUCACACCUCUCCUCCCCAACUGCACGGCAGCGGAGACUUCUGUCCUCCCGUGUGCAGGAUGACAUCGGGAAAGUGGACAGAGAAGGGUGUUAUAAACCCCAAGCGCCACAUCCAAGAAGCUCUCAUUAUGCACCUCUAGGCCAGGCUGGAGAGGUCUGAGGUGGCUGCUGGCCUCAGACUGCCCCCAAACCAAAGAAAUGUGACCAGUAGGGUGGGGCUUCCCCGCUCUGGCUUGGCAUUGGAGCCCUGGAAGCAUCAGACCUUCCUUAUGCUUCACUGACACUCUUUUAAUCACUCAACAAACCCCAAAUCUACUUUGGGAGCAGAAGGGUAAUAGUGAGCAAGGGGAAUGGCAACUCCCUCAUCUCUACCUUGUUUACUAGGAGGGGCGAGUGGGCUCCCAGGUCCUUGCCUGUCUCUUGGGAAAGUGCCUUGCCCAAUGGUUUCCCCAAGUGGCCAUGCAGCCGACCUUCUCUCACAUGCCCGCCCCAGCCCAGAUCAACCAAUAAACCUGCUGUGAACAGCC